AUGAAAAUUCGUUAACCAUUUUACCAUCCUGUAGUACAACAAUUUCAAGGUCCCACCUAAUAUGUUUCUUUUGCAUCUCCAAGUCAAAGGUUUUCACAGGGAUAACGACUUGCCUCUCCAACUUCUUAAUAAAUUGAUUACCAAAGAUUACGAAAUGCCUAGUCAAUAUAACAAAGCGCUUAUACCAAUAAAAUAAAUGAAGAGACACCAUAGCACAUGAUCACAAAGAGACCUCAUAUCAAAAUGCCUUAAUAAGGAGUGUAGGUUUCUCAAUCUCAAUCAUUUUCAUAUAACCCUUAGAUGAUGGUAGGUCUAAUUAAAGAGAAUUAGGAGAUAAAGGCCAAGAUAAAUGAGAAGGAGAAGUAACUCAUUCUUUUACAAUAAGAAAUAGCUUUGUAUGAAAAAUAAUGA